GUCGGGGGGUAUGCCGCAAAGCCCGCCGGGAGCUGUAGUCCUGUCUGUGGCCGGCGCACGGCCCGACGAGAGCUGUAGUUCGGCGCAAGGCACGCUGGGAGGUGUAGUUCCGGGGCCGCGGCCCCCUGCCGCCGCGCCGCGGGGCCCGCACUCCAUUUCCCAGCAGGCAGCGCGGCGGGGCCGCGGCCCGGGCGCCUGAGGCCUCGGAGGGGCAGCGGGGCCGGGCCGGCGUGAGCGGGUCCCAGCUCGGGGCUGGGGCCGCACCGGGGUUGCCGGGCCUCGGUGGGAGCCAGGGUGCAGGGCACGGGGACGGGCAGGCUUGGCCUAGGGUGGCAGCGCCCUGGGGACAGGGCCGGGGGGACGUCCCCGCCCUGGGAAGCCCCUGGGCCCACACGCUCCCCUUGGCACCAUGGACGCGCCACCCGUCACGCCCGUGGAGCUGCUGUGCUUGGGCUCCAGCCUCGCCUUCUCCGGCCUCUUCUACUACCUGUACAGGAAGAAAGCCAGAGGCGUGGCACGCAUACAGGAGGCCCCAAAACUCCAGGUUGGUGACGAUUUACCAGCACUGGUGUCUGCGGCGGAUGGGAGGUGCCUGCCGUACGUUGCCCUGGAAGGCAUAGUGCUGCCAGCCAAGGCUGCGCUGACCAGCCAUUACCAUGAGGGCCUGCAGGGUGUGAUCCAGAAACUGCUUCUGAAAGAGCAUCGGCUGAUGUGGAACAGCUUGGCCCGGAGCUGGAGCGAGAGCGAGCGGGUGCUCUCGGAGCAGGUCUACACCGUCCCCUUCUUGCUGGCCUCGCCAGACACCGCAGCGGUGACACAGGUGAGCGUGGAGAGCCCGCUCCACGCCGCCUGCCUGCCGCUGGAGACGGUGUAUGAGCGGUUCCAGCAGCCUGUCCAUGGCUUCCGUGAUCUGCUGGGCCAGUACUUGAGCGGGGAGAAGCCCAAGGGCAUCCUGGAGACAGAGGAGAUGCUGCGGGUGGGGGCCGGGCUGACAGGCAUCGGGGAGCUGGCCCUGCACCCCGAUGGCUCCCUGCACCUCCAACCACCGGCCCAGGGGGGCGAGUAUUUCCUGUGCCUGGGGGACUGGCAGACGGUGCUGGCGGAGCUGGAGUCGGCCAGCGGGCUCUGGAAGGGAGCGGCCGUGCUGUGUGCCGCGGCGGGCCUGGCUGUCCUCCUGCACGCCCUGUGCCGUGCCUUCCGCCGCGCCCGCCUCAAGCAGCAGCGUGAGGACAAGGAGCCGGACGGCGAGGAGGCUGGGGACGGGGGGCCCGAGGACUCCUGCGUGAUCUGCCUGACGCGGCCCCGCGAGUGCGUCCUCUUGGGCUGUGGCCACAUCUGCUGCUGCUUCCGCUGCUUCCAGGCCUUGCCCACCCGCCUCUGCCCCAUCUGCCGGGGGCCCAUUGACCGUGUGGUGCCCCUCUACCAGGCUUGAGAGCACCCGGGGGAUCCCAGGGAGGGGCUACGUGAGCCCAGCCAAGCCUCCAGCCUGCAGAAAUCUCAGCUGUCCCCUUGCAUGCAGCUGUGUGAGUCCUGUUGGGAGCGGAGGGGUCCUAGUGCGCCCCUUUCAUCAGUUUUUUGGCAGGGGUGGAAGAGUUAUAGCCCCUCCAGAUCCUCCCUUUGUCUGCCAGUCUGUCUUUCUCCUGAACAUGAAGGCUUGGGGGAAACGUACUCAGUGCCUGAGCCGAGGAGCUGAGUCCCCUGCCCUGUGCCAGGGUGCUCCUUUGUCUGGCAGCUGUUUGAUCUGUGUCCCCUACCCAACCCUGACACCCCCUCCCAAAGCCACACGGGACUUUUCCCCAGGUUGCUUUCCCAGCACAUGGCUUUAUGGGGAGGAUGGCAGGAGCAAGACCAGGGCUGGUGGGACACAACAGGCAUGCUGGGGUGACAGAGACACCCCCUGCAGUGGCACAUCUUGGUGCCACUGUUGUCCUUCCCCCUCCCUGAUCCGUGUGCCUAUAGCCACUGCCCAGACCAUGCAGGGGCACCCAGGGGCUGGUAGCAAUGAAGUAUGCUCCUUCACCAGCUGUUCUGCCACCCGGGGAGGGGGACAGCAUCCCUCUGUCCCUCUCCACAGGGUCCCCACUCUCCUCUUAGAGCAGGAGGACAGCCCUGGGGCACCCCGGAGCCUGCCCACAUCUCCAGCCCCCGCUGCACCCAGCUUCCCUGCCCGCCUCCCGGACAGGACCGGGUGCGGGAGCAGCUUGCGGUGGUGUGUGAAGUGAUAAAGCCAAGGAGCUGA